CAAUAACUGGUCUAUCUUUCAACUGGUCUAUCUUUCAACUGGUCUAUCUCUCAACAGGUCUAUCUUUCACUCACUCGUCUAUCCUGAAACCUUCCCACUGUGUUUCUCUGCCUCUUCUGUGUACCAGUGAUACUCUUGAACGGCUAAUUCUAUUCACUUCCGCAGAGUUCUCUCCUCACUCUGUCUCUGAUGGCCUGCCUCGUGCAAUCAUUUUCCCCAGCUUAUCUGAAAAAUCCAAUCGCGAAAUCGACUCUCUACAGCCAGCAUCCCACCAUUCGUAUAGUACCACACCACAAACGGGUGGCACCAGACCAUGUCUCAGAAGGAUUACAGACCGGUGUUUGCCAAGGGGCCGAGUAUUCCUCCCAUUGAGUCGUUCACCCUUGAUAGGAUCCUCAACCACACCUUGAAGGAGGAAGCCAACCAGGUGAUAGAACAACUCCUCAACGUCACAUCGAACUACCAGGAUGAUCUUAGGGUGGAGAUACGCAAAUCGCUUGCCAUGGAGCAAAAGAUCCAGUACAAGAACAUCCAGAUAGCAAAGCUUAUCAGCAGCUUGAACCACCAGAUCACUAGGAGGAGAAAGAAGGUGUUGAAGGUUACUCAUAAGAGCAAGGAAGAGGGCGACAACAUCAUCGAAGACGAGGUCAACGACUUGUUGACAGCAACUGUGGAAACAAGCUCCAUGAUCCAGCAAUUGGCUGCUAGAAUGAGCCUGCUUGAGCAGAGAUUCGGUGGCUCGAUGGACAAUUACCCGAAUGUUACCAGGAUAUUGCACAAGAAAGAGAGUGCUAAUGGAACCAAGCACAAGCGGCCAGACCCACAAUCCGAAGCGACCAACCACAACGAAAACGACACUAAUGACCAUAAUAAUUCUCACGAAACAUCCAUUGACUACGAAAGACCCGGAAUACAGGCAGUAAUACCGUCCCAGACGAGCCCAUACGGUGCGGCUCCUGUGGCUAUCGAUCUACACGGCACGUCUGACCAAAUAUCUAAUUGCCUCGAAAAUGAUCCUGCCAGUCAAAAUACUUCUACUGGCCACAACGACUCACACAGUCCGAGUCCACCAGUCGAAGCUCCGCUGCCCAUACAGGAGAAUAGCAGUUCGGUACUGCUGGAAGCAGCAAUUGCUCUGGAGCCAGAACUAAAGCCAGAAGACUUCGAGUCGUUUCUUUCCUCCAGCAUCUACAAGUACCGUCAAUUGCAGAGCAACAAGUACGAUGCCUACGAUCCUUUCAAGGUCCGGGACCAGACUAUCCCGCAGAAGCCCAAACCUACACAUAAUCCACUCAGUUUGCUAUAUUCGUCAUUGAUCAAUAGUCCUACGUACAAGGACUCGGCUGUUCCCAGUCACCCGUUUCCCACCACCAUUAGCAUCAAAUCGCCAGCAACCAUCAAGCUGACACUACAGACAUCCCAUUUCAAAAAGCUCAGAAUCAACGGCUCGCCCAUCACUUCAGACACGUUUCGAAAGCUACAAGAACAGAAGGAAAAAGAGUCCCAGGAGAGCCAGGGGGAGAAUAACAAGCAAGAUAAUGCCCAGAAGAAGCUAGAAGAUCUCCAUGACGACACAGCCUCCUCCAACGGCGACUUGAUGCUUCUCGAUAACCUCAGGCUCAGUUCUGACGACGAUACCUGGGGCUCUUCGGGGCUCAACACAGAGACAGAAGACGACAUGUCAGAGGUGGUGGAAGACCCGAUCGCCUCCAGCGACUCCAGCGACUCGGAUUCCCUGAAGUCUGGCGACGAUCACAUUUCUCGUACCAAUAAAUACUACACCUCGCUCCAGGCCCAGUUGAAAAAGAAGAAAGUCAAGGGAAAGAAGCGAAAGCAGCGCGAGUUCGAAACCGAGGCUUCACCCACUCCGAAGCACCAGCCGUCCCAUCACAAGUUGAAGCCCAAAAGAUCGAUAUUGAAGGCUCCACGAGGCGUGAACCCAGCCCCUAAACAGGUGCAAAUUACCACGGUUAUCAGUCCCGAAACUCAGUACGAAAACGAGCGCAGUGGCCUUGCUGCUUUGAACAAUGCUUACGAUAGUGGUAAUCUCUACGAGAUCAGCCAUCUUACGGUGACAGGCACCAUCGUGUCUCCACGAGACCCUCCUGGGGAAAUGGGCCCAGUCAUUGAGGAAGACGAUAGGGACGACCAGAGUAUCCGAUCGCUUACAAGACUCAAAAACUAUAUGUAAUGCAUUAAUGAUCAUACGACCGAUCUAUGAGGCCGAUGAUUAUGAUAUUGAAGAUGAUGAGUGGUGAAGAACUGUAGUAGAGGAGAUUGUAGUUAGAGGAGAUUGGAGAAGGUUGUUUUUGCAGGUAUCGUCUGACCACUGUAGUUAGAAGAGAUUCCCUGAUCUGAUAACUGUAGUCUUAAACAGUCCAAUAAACUAAGACCA